AUGGACCUGGAGCUCGAAGCCGCGGGCGGCGGCGGAACCAGGGCGGUGUCCCUCUCCGUUGACUCCCCGACGGCCGACCUGGGCCGCGGCGGCGGUGGUGGCCCCUCCCGGGACCGCACCGUCUCGCGCCGCCACGUGUCCCUCCGCCUUCUCGGUGUCGGCGGCGGCGGGGUCGCAUUCGAGGUCGUGGGCAGGAACCCCGUCGUCGUCGUCCGCUCCCCGGACGGCGGAGGCGGAGGCGGAACCAGCAGGGUGUUCCGCCGCGGGGAGAAGGGCGAGCUCCGGGCCGGGGACGCGCUGUCGCUGUCGCUCAAGGCGCCUGCGUUCUGGGCGGUGCGGGCGAGGGAGGGGAACAGGGACGCGGACGCGGACGCGGACGCGGAUGUGGAUGUGGAACCCGCCGUGCUGGACGCCGUGGCGAGGCGGGAGAAGCGGACGCGGGAGCGGAAGGAGAGGGAGAGGGAGAGGCGAGCUGCGGAGGAGGCUAUGGAGGUCACCGAAGAGGAAGAAGGGGGAGCCUUGGACUCUGAUGUGGAGGGUAUCGACAUUGAUUUAGCAGACAUAGAUCCAAUUCGAGAAUUUGGCUUCUUGUCGAUGGGCCAUGAAUUUGACAGUUAUCCAAAGGGCAGGAUUCGUGCUCCAAAGGAUUGGAAUUGGUUUCUAGAGGAAACAAAGAGGAGCUCCGACGAUGAAGCUAGCAGCAAGAGGAGAGGUAGAUCGAAAGGUCAGAGUUGGAACAAGAAGAAAGAUGGAGAAGGCGAAGAUGAAGACUGGACUGGUGAGAGUGAGGAUGAAAAGGAGUCUCUGGCAAGAGUUCCUAGUGUGAAGAGACCAAAGUAUGCAACAAGAUCUAAAGGCCCAGAAAAGCCUAGAAAGGAAAACUCAAAGGUCGGAAGUGGCAAAAGCAUCGAUGAAGAUGAAGGGGCCGAGGAUGAAGAGGAUGGGCAAGAUGAAACUCUGGGAGGUUUUUUAGUUAACGACGAGGAUGACGAGCCAAUGGAAGACCUGAGCGAUGAAGAGGAGGAAUUCGACGAUGAGGAAGAUGAUGAUUGA